GCGAGGGCAGAGCUGCCUGAGGAGCGGCCUCGGGGCAACUGCCCGAGAAACCGCGCUCCUAUACGACAUAGCAGCCAUGGGAAAAGAAUGUUUAUUAUCAAGGCGACAAGAUUUUAUGAUGCUCGCUUUCUGAACUUGUUGAGGUUCUAUAUAUUUUUGACUGGGAUACCAGUGGCAGUGUUCAUAACAUAUGUGAACAUCUUCAUUGGUGAAGCUGAACUUGCAGAGAUUCCCGAAGGUUAUGUUCCAGAGUAUUGGGAAUACUACAAACACCCUAUAAGUCGUUGGAUAGCUCGUUACCUCCUUGACCCCCCUGAAAAGAAUUAUGAGAAAGCCAUGGCUCUGCUUGAUGUUGAAGCAAAGAAAACUGAACUGAGGCUGAUGGAGUUGGAGGCGCGCAGACUGAUGAGAGCAAGGGGAGAUGGCCCUUGGUAUCAUUAUGAAACACCCGAUAAAAAUCUAACUGACGAUUCUAUGAAAGCCACACCUGACAAUUAGGCAGUCUUAAGACAGUAUGCAAGGUUUUAAAUGAAUUACCAACAAGUUGUGACUGAAUUAUGCAAUAUGCAUCCUGCUGUUCAGUGAAUUAAAUUAAAAAAAAAAAUCGUUUUUGUUGGUUCGAGUAAUUGGAAAGAAGCUGUGCAGGGUAUAGUUGUUAAACUUAUUAAUCAGAGAAAAGGCCUCAUGUCAGUUGCCAACAGUUACUCUUUUUCUCCGGAGCAUCAACACAGAAUGGGCUUUGUGACCUGAUCUGUGUGAAACAACUUGAUAAUAUUAGAAUCCAUCAUGCGAUUUCUCUUACCUAAAGUUGUAAAUGAAAGAUACAAACAACUGUAA